GGACUUUGGAGUUGGACAAGCGGCUUGCUGCUCGGUCUCCUUUCGAGUCGCGGACGCGACUGCAACAUCUAACCUCAAUUCAAUCGCUCUGUAAGCGUGUUGAUUUUUGUGAAAUAAAGGACAAAUACAUUAUCGCUACGAGGAUGGCUAAGUUUGAUUUGACGCACAAAAUCGGCCAAUACCUGGAUCGACAUUUGGUGCUUCCUCAUCUCGAGUUUCUCAGCGCUAAGGAAAUCUUUGACGAAAAUGACUUACUGCAAGUGAAGCUGGAUAUUCUUAGCAAGACUCAUAUGGUUGACUACGAGAUCGAUGUGAAAUGUCAGGUUUAUCGUGACAUCAAUGCACCAGAGGAAAUGAAAAUCAGGCGACAAGACAUUCUGAAUGAAUUAUGCCGAUUACAAGAGAAUGCUAAAGUUAUCCUUGAUCUGAUGAACAAUGAGGAGAAGAUGAAAAAAAUUGAUGGAAUGAGAGAUAAUAAAUCAUUGAUCAAGUUUCUCUAUGAUGAGGUUCCAGGCUUUCAAAUGGAGAUGAUGGAUGACCUUGUAAAAUUAGCAAAAUACAGAUAUGAGUGUGGUAACUACCAGGUGUCAAGUUCAUAUCUGUACUUCUACAUGCUGGUCAUGUCACCUACUGAUAAGAACUAUUUGAAUGCGUCAUGGGGAAAACUGGCCUCAGAAAUUCUGACGCAAGAUUGGGACACAGCACUUGAAGACAUUAACAAACUUAGAGAUUAUAUUGAUAAUAAUAUUGGACAGUUUAAUUCACUGCAAGUACUUCAACAACGCACUUGGCUCAUUCAUUGGAGUCUUUUUGUAUUUUUUAACCACAUCAAAGGCAGAGACAUGAUCAUUGAUAUGUUCCUAUACAGACCACACUAUUUAAAUGCCAUCCAAACAAUGUGCCCUCAUAUUCUGCGUUACUUGGCAACUGCUGUAAUUGUCAAUCGCUUAAGGAGGCCAGCUUUGAAGGAUCUCGUGAAAGUGAUUCAACAAGAAUCCUACAGCUACCGUGAUCCUAUUACUGAAUUACUUGAACAUUUGUAUGUCAAUUUUGACUUUGAUGGAGCACGUCAGAAAUUGCAGGAGUGCCAAACGGUUUUGUGCAAUGACUUUUUCCUUAUUGCAUUGCUUAAUGAAUUUGUUGAGAGUGCAAGACUUAUGAUCUUUGAAACUUUCUGCAGAAUUCAUCAAUGCAUAUCAAUUCAAAUGCUUUCUGAAAAAUUAAAUAUGGAAGUGGAAGUAGCAGAAUGCUGGAUUGUAAAUCUCAUUAGAAGUGCAAGACUAGACGCAAAGAUUGACAGUAAAUUGGGGCAUGUUGUUAUGGGAGGACAAUCUGCCUCUCCCUACCAGCAACUUACAGAAAAAAUUGAAACCUUGAGUGUACGCAGUGAAGCAUUAGAGGCAUUGAUUGAAAGGAAAGUGAAGGCUAAGAAUCAAGAUCACAUUGUUUGGAAUCCAUAAGAGAAAUCUUUUUUAUUGAAUGUACAAAAAUAAUUUAUUAAUUAAAAAGUUUUUGUUCAUUUGAUACAUGAAUUCAGGCUUUUUUGCACUAAAGCCUAGAAUCUUGAAUAAAAUAAAAAAACGGAUUCUAAAAGUCUCCAUUGCUGAUUUUUAUAAUUAUAAGACAAUCUAUUAUAAAUUUAGUUCUGAUUUUUCUGAAAUUAAAUAUUUGUAGACAGUUGAAUUUAACAUACUUUUUCAGUGUGAGAAAUCAGUAUAAAAAGAACUUUGAAGCUAUACCUAAUA